ACGACUUUAAAUGGCUGAUCCAACUUCUAUAAUGCAAUUUCAAUGUUGGUAGUCGACUACAGAACACUAUAAAUGCCUAUCUCUGGCAAGUCAGCUAACUGAUAACAUAUCUAACGCUUUACAAUCGCGUUUUCUUGAGUAUUUAUUACCAGUACCAAUGAAAACACAAAAACAUCGUCGAGAUUAACCAUCGUUCAGAAACCAGAAGGCUAACGAGUUUAAAUCUUCGUUAAACUGUGACAACAAUGGAUGAUUUGUUUCGAAUCGUGUUAAGAUUCUACAGAAAUACUCCUUAAUAAAGCAAUUUAAGUAAAAUCAUCCACAUUAUAAGGGAAUGUACUUAAGAAAUUUGUUCUAUCAAGUAUAGCCAAACAGUUAUUGAAGGAAUAUAAAUGUCUGUUUUGUCAAACUCAACAAAGCAAGUGUUACAAAGUCCAUCACCCCUUUCAAUGGAAAAACAAGAUGUACAUACAACAAAGAAACAAGAAAAAAAGGUUGGGAGCGAUGGUAUAUCAAAUACACAAAGAGUAUGGACAAGCUUGGUAUCAGGUGCUAUUGCAGGAGCAUUAGCAAAGACGACAAUAGCACCUCUAGAUCGUACGAAAAUAAACUUCCAAAUCUCAAAUCAACCAUUUUCGGCAAAAGCAGCGGUCAGAUUUUUAAUAAAUACUCUUAAAACAGAAGGUUUAUUAAGUUUGUGGCGUGGGAAUAGUGCAACUAUGGUUAGAAUAGUUCCAUAUUCUGCUGUUCAAUUCACAGCCCAUGAGCAAUGGAAAAGGAUUCUGGGAAUAAAUGGGUUGGAAAGAGAAAAACCUGGACUAAACUUUCUUGCUGGUUCAUUAGCGGGUAUAACAUCACAAGGCACAACUUACCCCCUGGAUUUGAUGAGAGCAAGAAUGGCUGUGACACAAAAGGCUGAAUAUAAAACAUUGCGACAAAUCUUUGUACGCAUUUACGUGGAAGAAGGAAUAUUGGCCUAUUACCGUGGCUUUACUGCAACGUUACUUGGUGUCAUUCCUUAUGCUGGUUGCAGUUUCUUCACCUAUGAUCUACUCAGGAACUUAUUAAAUGUGCACACGGUGGCUAUUCCUGGCUUCUCGACAUCACUGAUUUGCGGCGCCAUUGCCGGAAUGGUUGCUCAGACUAGCAGCUACCCUUUGGACAUCGUACGGAGAAGAAUGCAGACCUCAGCAAUCCAUGGCCCGAUGAACAGCCAGCAUUAUCACACAAUUACCUCAACUGUCACAAAAAUUUACAAAGAAGAAGGUAUAAUGGCCUUCUAUAAAGGAUUAAGCAUGAAUUGGGUGAAAGGCCCAAUUGCUGUAGGAAUUAGUUUUGCAACACAUGAUUCAAUCCGUGAUGCAUUAAGAAAACUCAUAAUUUCUCAAAAUACUUCAUCAAAAACAUAAAAAGCAACAAAAGUAGCUAAUUAUAUAUUAACAUAGGGCAUCUAAUUAGAAAAACAAGUAAAUAUAUUUUUAUCUGUUAAACAGCUCUUUGAAAUACAGAAUUUGUGGUAGACUUGCGCUCAAACUUUGUUAUAAUAUUCUAUUGUUAAUAACAGUUAUGUACUAAUAGAGUUUGUACAGAAAUCUGUCAAAUAUCUUGUGUACACAUAUAUAUUUAUGAUCAUGUAAAAGAAUUGUAAAAUAUAUCAGAGAACAUAUUCAAAAAACA